AAUCAUUCGUUAGCUAGCAACGGUAGCCGCUCCACACAAACGCUGCCCACGACACGCGUUGCGCGCAGCGAUGCGAUACAGUGAUACAUAUUUAGAUAUAGGGCGAGCGGGAAAAAGUGAAUGAGAAAUCGAGUUUUGGACGGUCGUCUGUGAUAUACUGUUACUUGAGCGACGUGCUACUGUGUCAUCCGACUCGUGUUUGUUUUAUUUCUGUUGUUCCUGAUAAUUUUCUUCGUUUAUAAAAAUUCUAUUUUAAGCGUUUGCGUUUGCGUAUGUGUAUGUGUGCGCGUGUGUGUUUGCGUGUGUGUGUGUGUGUGGGUGUUCGCGUAAAAGCGUCAUUUCCCAUUUGGCAGGGAUAAUUGUAGACUGAAGCAUUAUAAUUAUAUGAAAUAAACGCAACACAGAUGCAUGCGAACAACGUCAACCGAAAUGCACACUUAUAUGCAUCAUAAAAUCAACGCUUAAAACAAUGCUGCGCUAAGUAAUCAAAAGUAGAAAUAAGCGUUUCACCUCCGAACGGAAGCCAAUGCCAUCCGGAAUCAAACUGAAAAUACCAGCAGAAACAAUGCCAACCAGUUGAGAAUUACAGUGAGAUAGCAACAGCAACUGUUAACGCUGCCAAUAUGACUAGUUUUGGCCACCUGGGCGUAUGUUACAGCCUGCUGCUGUUAGUGCUGAGCGCCCAGCUAUCAUUAGUACGAUGCAAGCGAAAAGAAAUGCUCGCAGGCCGCUUAGAGAAUGUAACCCAGACGAUCUCAAAAAUAUUGCAAGGCUAUGAUAUACGGCUGCGGCCCAAUUUUGGCGGCGAGCCAUUACACGUGGGCAUGGAUUUGACUAUAGCAAGUUUUGAUGCGAUCUCCGAAGUUAAUAUGGACUAUACUAUAACAAUGUAUUUGAAUCAGUAUUGGCGCGACGAGCGCCUGGCUUUCAACAUCUACGGACCGUACUAUGAUUCCGAUGCAGACGACGAUGGGGUCAACGAUGUGCUGACGCUAUCUGGUGACUUUGCCGAGAAGAUCUGGGUCCCAGACACAUUCUUUGCCAACGAUAAGAACAGCUUCCUACAUGAUGUCACUGAGCGCAAUAAGUUGGUGCGCCUCGGUGGCGACGGCGCCGUUACCUAUGGCAUGCGCUUUACCACGACACUCGCCUGCAUGAUGGAUUUGCACUAUUACCCACUGGACUCGCAGAAUUGCACCGUGGAAAUUGAGAGCUACGGGUACACGGUCAGCGAUGUGGUCAUGUACUGGAAGCCAACACCGGUACGCGGCGUGGAGGACGCCGAACUGCCACAGUUUACGAUCAUUGGCUAUGAGACAAACGAUAGGAAGGAGCGGCUGGCCACUGGGGUCUAUCAACGGCUGUCACUCUCCUUUAAAUUGCAGCGCAAUAUUGGAUACUUUGUGUUCCAGACAUACUUGCCCAGCAUACUGAUCGUGAUGCUAUCUUGGGUAUCAUUCUGGAUUAAUCACGAGGCGACGAGCGCACGAGUUGCCCUUGGGAUCACAACGGUGCUGACCAUGACCACGAUCAGCACGGGGGUACGCAGCUCCUUGCCCCGCAUCUCCUACGUGAAGGCCAUUGACAUUUAUUUGGUGAUGUGCUUCGUGUUCGUGUUUGCGGCUCUCCUGGAAUACGCUGCUGUCAAUUAUACAUAUUGGGGCAAGCGGGCCAAAAAGAAGAUUAAAAAGCUGAAGGAUUGUGAUCGACAUAAAAUAGGUAAAUUGGAAAAGUCCGAAACGUGUUCAACCACAGAAGAUAUUAUUGAGCUGCAGGACGUACGCAUGAGUCCUAUACCUUCGUUGCGCAAAGGUAACUACAAUGUAACCCUCGGCUCCAUUGGCACCGAGACCAUGGACUUGGCCAAGUUUCCGCCAAGUUUUCGUAUUACCCGCAACUAUGGCACUGGUCGCAGUCAGCUCCGACAUCGCGGCCAAAGGGGAAUCUCUACGCGUCCACGAGUUAUGCAUGCCAUUAAAAAGAGCGCCUCUGCCAUUAGGGCGACAUUACCAAAGAUCAAAGACGUUAACAUUAUUGACAAGUAUUCGCGCUUGAUAUUCCCGAUUAGCUUCUGCGCUUUCAAUCUUGGCUACUGGAUCUUCUACAUAUUAGAAUAGGUAGUCGCGGCUGAAAGUCUUAGUCAUACCUGCCCAAGUAUCAUUGCCCCUGGCCACCACCUGCUGCCCUCCCACUGAUAAACCAUAUAUGAUAUAUAUAUAUACAUAUAUUGACAUUGACCAAUUUAUAUAAAUGAAUGACAAGCCCGCAACAUAAACACAUAUAUACAUAUACAUGCGAUAUAUAUACAUGCAUACAUACAUACAUAUGAGUAUAUUGUUAAGUAUUGCUAUUCACAAUAGAUAAAUCACAGUAAUUGUGUUCCCAGUAAUUUGAAAAUUUAGGUACACAAUUAAGUUAAGUACGAGUUUAGCCAAAUUGUGCAAGGAAUUGGUAUGCAUUUGGCAAAAUAUGGACUCGAGCUGCUCGUCAUAACCAAUUACAUAAUAUUAAGCAAACAAUUUGAACCACGGAGCCAGCUCGAUGUGUCAAAAAUAUUUUCCUCUUGUUCUUUCAAGUGCUUUUCAUUGUUAUCCAUAAUAAUAUUCACAAUAUCACUGACAUCACUUACUGUAUAUUUCUUAGAAAUGUUAUUUAAAUGGUUUACAUAUUUUACACAAA